AUGCAAGCCAAAGUCACCCAGUUACUCUCUCCAAGCAUCCAUCAUGAAGGUCUCCUUCCCUUCAAAUCCAUCAUCAGCCAUGCCAUGGCCUGCACUCGACUCGAUCCCUUUUCCAUCCAACAACAACAAGAACUUUCAGAAUUCUCUCUCUUUCUCUUCGGAGGUCAAAUUGACAACAAGAGAAGCAAUGCCCUGUAUGAAAUUAAAAUCGGAGAAGAAGCCUUUCAUCCUCACCACCUUCGAAACGUUGAUCAAGAAGAAGAGCAACACAUCCAUCAAGUUUCCUUCUCCAUCCCAAAUUCACCAUCUCCGGAAUUAUUAUUGCGAAAGAGAAUACAGAAAUGGACCAAUUCUUCUCUCAUGAUUCAUCACAUUGAGAAAAUUGAAAGUUCUUUGAUGCCAUCUGCUCGAUCGCAUCAUUCAAUGAUUUUUAGAAAACCCAAUCAAGAACAUGUGGAAGGAUCAUUAGUGGUCUUUGGUGGUCAAGAUGCACAAUUCAAAGCAUUGGGAGAUUUAUUUGAAUUUGAUAUUACCACUCGAACAUGGAAACAACAUGUGGAGAAUUCUGGAAAUGAAAAUUGUGGAAAUAUUUGGCCUUCGAAAAGAUAUGGUCAUUCGAUGGUGUAUCGUUCGAGUGUGGAUUCUAUUGUCAUUUAUGGAGGAAUGGACACCACGAAUCGAACCAUUCAAGAUUGUUUUGAAUAUAGCUUUUCGAUUCAAAAAUGGAAAAAACUUGAAAUUGGACUUCACAGUAAGUCCACAUCCUUGUCACUUGCCAAUGCUCCAAGUAUAGACCUGAAUUGUUUAAGGCCAAGAGCCAAUCAUAGUGCUGUCAUUCAUAACAAAUCUUCUUCAAAAUUUCUUCAAUUACAUUCACUCGGCCAAGAAAAUGACAACAAUCAUGAGACAUCUGACACCAUGAUUAUCUUUGGAGGAAAUAAUGAAGAAACAUAUUUCAAUGACAUGUUUUCCAUUAAUUUAGACAACUUGACAAUGAAGUCUAUCUUCACAUCGACCCGAUCGACUCUCGUUUUUCCCAGAAUCAAACACACAGCAAUGAUCCUGAGAGGAGAGAAAAUUCUCAUAUUUGGAGGAAGUUUGAACUACAGUUAUGGUAUUGACAAAACCAAUGUCGCAAAAGGAUUUUUCAUGAAUGUCAUGGGAACUGUUGCACCAAGAGCAAGCAUUGAUGCAACUCUUAUUGCAGGAGCCACCAAAAACACUUUCGUUGAUUUAGUGUAUGAAUUUGACCUGUUUUCAAGCGAAGAAGAAAAAAAGUAUCCCUUUGGUGACAUUUCACAUCACACCACAUGCGCCAUUUCACCCUCAAGCUUUAUUCUUGUGGGCGGACAAUUCAAUACUGAGAAAAAAACUGCCACUUCAAAGAAUGACAAGAUUUGGCUUUUCAGUUUAAAGGACGUCGAAGAAGUGUUGCGCCGUGUUGAAACCGAAGAAGAUUAUGUGAAUUUUGGAAACUUAUUUCACAAGAGAAUGCAAGAUACUUUUGGAGAUUACAUUCCCAUUGGUUGUGACAUUAAGGUGAAUGUCCUUAAUGAAAAGACAUUCUAUGUCCACAAAUUUAUGCUUUCUCGAUUUUCCUACUUUAGAGAAAUGAUUGAGAAAAUGGACGAACAAGACACACAUUCUUCCUACGACCAUGGUGAGAAAAUUCCUGAAUUGAAUUUGAGCUCUCUCUCAGUUGAUACUUUUAGUCACAUUGUGGAUUAUUUGUAUGGAAUUGAUCCACCAAUAUUUAACAAUCGAGAGGAAAUGGUGCGGUUAAAUACUUUUUGUGAAAAACACAACAUGACAUCCAUCUGCAAUUACAUUCAUGGAAAAAUGUAUCAAAAUGGAGAAGAUGAUUAUUUAUUACCAACUCCUGCCAAACAAUUAAUUGCAUUUUUGAGAGAUGUUUUCAACGAGAAAUAUCCAGAAUUAUACAAGUAUUUUACAGCGACGAUACGAUUGAUAUUCACCAAUGCAGAAGAAGAGGAACAGAAACUCUCCCAAGUGGAAGAUUUGGAAAAUCAACCACAUUCUCGCGCCAUACAUGACAUUCAAGUUCCAAUGCCAAUUUUAGUCACUAAUGAUUUUUUCCAUGCAUGUGUUCGAGAUUUGUGGCUCAAAAAACGACAUCAACAUGAAAUGGGUGAAUUGGAUCAUCAUGGUGACACCAGAAACAACAAUCAAGAACAAUUCUUAAUUGAAAUUGACAACACAAUAUUUCCAUAUUUAGACGAGCAAUACAUUCCAACCGUUGAAGAAUACAUUGCCACACUUUAUGGAGUCGAUGCCCGAAUUCAUGCACCAGAAGAUGACACCCUCAUUGCAAAAUUGAUUCAACUCUAUUUAGUGAGUAAUGUGUUUAGUGAUACAAAAAUGGAAAAUGAAAUCAUUUCAAGAUGUAAGAAGAGAAUUUCAUUUGAAAAUGCAUUCCAGUUGUUGUGUUUUGCACAUCAACAUCCUUCUCCGAAUGAUGUGUUUUUUAUUUACAAGGAAUGUAUUCGAGUUCUGAAAGAUGUGUUGCCAGUGCAAGAUGUGGACAAAAUUGUGCAAUUACUACAUUUGGAAAUUUCACAGGACGAAUCACUUUGA